AUGGAAAUCCUAAAGGGAAAUUUCCUCGUGAACGCUAACGAGGAGACCGUGAUAGCGAACGAGAUAAUCCGUUCGAGCGAGAUGAUCGGGUUGUACUUCUCAGCGUCGUGGUGCCCACCCUGUCGGAGUCUCCUGCCGCUGCUAAAGGCCACUUACAAGGAGGCGCGCUCGCGGGGCGCCAAGCUCGAGGUGGUGUUCGUCCCCUCGGACUCGGAUGAUCAGCAGAUGAUGCGCUUUUUCGUCGACAAUCACGGGCCCUGGUUCGCUGUGCCGGUGGGACCGCUGACUGCGGCUGUGAGGAGGAAGAUGCAGAUCCACGCCAUACCCCAACUCGUCGUCGUCAACAACCGAGGCGAGGUUGUGAGGAGAAACGGCAGGGCGGACUUGGAGGGCCACGAGGACCCGCUCUCGCUGUGGUUUCCAAGAUUGAAUCGCGGAGCUGCCGGCGAAAAUUAG